GAUGUCACUGGUCCUCCUGCACCCUACGUUGAGCCUCAACUCACAGAUCUAGGAAGACUCGUUGCGCAAUUGCCACUAGAUCCUCAAUUAGCGCGACUAUUGUUGUUCGGAGUGGUACUGAAAUGUCUGAAUCCAGUGGUAACACUGGUUGCUGCUCUGUCGCAUAGAGAUCCAUUCAUACUGGCACUUUCGGAGGAGCGUGAACAGUCGAAUCGGCAGAGAGACAGCUUCGGUAAACGUGAUUUCUCAGAUCAUAUCACGUUGAUAAGGGCAUUCAAUGAGUUUAACGAGAAAAGUGCAAAGGAGGUGACCGCAUUCUGCCGUGCCAACUAUUUGUCUCUUCCGGCAAUGCGUAUGAUCGCUGGAAUACGCCGUCAACUUAUCAUUGAACUUCGUCGAGUGCGGAUGAUUACUUAUGAUGGUGACCCUCUCAAUGCUCUUCGCGACGCCACUUACAACAAAUACUCCUCUUGUUGGCCAAUGGUACAAGCGGCAAUCGUAGCUGGAUGCUAUCCCGGUAUAGGAUUUGUGAGAGCCGGUAAUAAACUGAAGAAGAUUAGAACGAGUACUGAAGCUGCUGCAACACUUCAUCCAUCUUCGGUGAUCAAGCGACAGGUUCUAACAGCGUCAAAGAGAAGUGAAGUGAUAAAUCAGUACGUAACGGAAGACUCAGAAGAUCCUGUAAUUGAAUACCUUGCAUUCCAUGAACUUGCGAAAAUUGAUGAAGGUCUAACGUUACGUACUGUAACAGUCGUACCACCUUGUGCUGUUGUAUUGUUUGCUGGAUCAAUGCGUCUGAAAAAAAGUACUAUACAAAAUUUCAACAUCACUGACCCUGAUUCUGAAGAUGAAGGUGAAGUUGAUGAGGAUGCUCCAUCAAGAGAUGUCGUUUAUCCCAUUGAACACUGGAUUGGUGUCAGAGCUACUUACUCGGUGCGUUUUCAUGUCUUGUUCAUCUUCAGAAGUUUUUUCGCAGUUUUUUUUGUGAAUGUUGAGAUUAUCAUUUGCUUUAAAAGUUGGCAUCGGCUAUACUGCCACCCCUUACCCACAAGGUUUCUUUCCGGUUAUGGAUUAUCAUAAUA